CACCAGUCAUCGGACAUCAUAACCAACGUAGCUAUCCUUUCCAAACCCUACCACCCACUGUACGCCGCCCCGCCGCACGCCGUUCCUGCCCGAUAGUUUCUAAACCCUCGAGUUUGCAGCAGCUUAGAGCUUAAAAGGGUUGUUGGGGUUUUUUAUUUAGGGGUUUCAAUCUCAGGGGCAAGAUGAAGCAGGUAGUGGGGAUGGUGGUCUCAAAUAAAAUGCAGAAAUCGGUGGUCGUUGCAGUGGACAGAUUGUUUUAUCACAAGCUCUAUAAUCGCUACGUUAAGCGCACUUCUAAGUUCAUGGCUCAUGACGAGAACAACCAGUGCAAUAUUGGUGACAGGGUUAAACUAGACCCUUCUAGGCCGUUGAGCAAGCAUAAACGUUGGGUGGUUGCUGAAAUUUUGAGGAAAGCACGAAUUUACCAACCACCAUCACAAGAGAACCAGGUUGUUUCAGACAAAGGCAAAGUUUCAGCUCCUUCAACUACCUAAGGAGGAGAUAAACACCUGUAGCACCUUGGAUUCUUGAAAGUUGGAAGGUGCAAAGCAAACAUUUUUCCGAAGGAGCUAUAAAGGGGAAACUACUGCAAACCACAUACGAGACCGAACCAGAUAAAAAAAGAAAAAACGAAAUUGAUCGAAAAACCGAAGAACGAAAGCUCUGGAAAUGAACUACUACUGUAAUGUAAGCAGUAUGUAUGUUUCUGAUGCUAAAGAUUUGUAGUUACAUUAGCAUUACGUUAUGUAUUGAUGUGUGAACCUAUUUUUGUUCUCCCUAUCAGGAUUUAUUUCCAUAAGUUUCUUUUUGUGAGGUUGUUGAAAGUGCAUAAUAAAGUACUCAAAAAGGUUUCAUCUAAUUUAAUA